AUGAAGACGGUGCCGUCGUCGGCCGUCGAGCGCGACCUCGCGACGGAGGUGAACUCGCGACGGACGUUCGCGAUCAUCUCCCACCCGGACGCGGGGAAGACGACGCUCACGGAGAAGCUCCUGUACUACGGCGGCGCGAUCCAAGAGGCUGGCGCGGUGCGCGCGCGACGCGGCGCGAAGGCGGCGACGUCGGAUUGGAUGGAGAUGGAAAAGCAGAGAGGCGCGUUCUGUUCCUCGCGCCGGUCCCCGUACGACCGCUACGACGGCUUCACGCUGAACCUUCUCGACACCCCCGGGCACGCGGACUUCAGCGAGGACACGUACCGAACCGUCAGCGCCGCGGACAACGCGGUCAUGCUCGUCGACGCCGCGAAAGGUUUGGAGCCGCAGACGCGCAAGCUGUUCGAGGUGUGCCGCCUCAACGGCUUGCCCAUCUUCACCUUCUGCAACAAGCUCGACCGCCCGUCGCUCGAGCCGCUCGAGCUCCUGGACCAGAUCGAGCGCGAGUUCGACCUGCCCACGUACGCGGUGAACUGGCCGAUCGGCAGCGGGGACGCGUUCAAGGGCGUGUAUCAUCGACCGACGCGGGAGGUGCAUCUCUUCGACGCGGCGGUGACGAAGGAGUCGCGCGCGAAGAAGGGAGAGGAUAAGUCCACGAAGGGCCUCUCCGUGCUCCCCGUCGGCGACGCGACGCUGACGGAGAGGAUAGGCGAGGAGUUGCACGCGCAGCUGAUGGAGGACAUCGAGCUCCUGGACGAGCUCGGGAGCGACUUGGACCUCGACGCCGUGCACGCGGGGUCGCUCACGCCCGUAUUUUUCGGAUCGGGGAUGAACAAUUUCGGCGUGCAGCUCUUCCUCGACACGUUCUUAGGGUACUCGGUCCGACCGCGCGGGAGAGAGACGAGCGACGGCGUGAUCGGCCCGACCGACGACGCGUUCACCGGGUUCGUGUUCAAGCUCCAGGCGAACAUGGACCCGCGGCACAGGGACAAGGUGGCGUUCGUUCGCGUCGUCAGCGGUAAGUUUGAACGCGGCAUGAAGGUGACCAACGCGCGGACGAAGAAAGCCGUCGCGCUGUCGCGGCCGUCGCAGCUGUUCGGGCAGGAUAAGACCGUGCUCGAGUGCGGGUACGCCGGCGACGUCAUCGGUUUAAACAACCCCGGGAGUUUCGCGAUCGGCGACACGCUGUACACGGGAAAGCGACGGGUGCUGCCGCCCAUUCCGACGUUUUCCCCCGAGCUCUUCGCGUACUUGCGAAACGCGGACACGGGAAAGUACAAGCAGUUUCAGAAGGGCGUCGCGGAGCUCUUGGGCGAGGGCGCGGUGCAGGUGAUGUACUCUCGAGACUCGCUGAAGCAGGACCCCAUACUCGCGGCGGUCGGUCAGCUGCAGUUUGAGGUGGUGCAGGCGCGCAUGGCGCAGGAGUACGGCGUCGAGACGACGCUGGACAUGCUACCGUUCAACGUCGCGCGGUGGGUGGAGGGCGGGUGGGACGCCGUGGACGCCGCGGGGAGGAUAUUCAACGCGCAGUGCGUGAAGGACGUGUGGGGCGCGCCCGUGCUUCUGUUUAAGAACGCGUGGAACGUGGACCAGCUCGUCGCCGACACGCCGGAGAUCGGGACGCUGUCGCCGUUUUCGAAACCUCCGGCGGCGGAUUAA